AUGAUCCUGUCUCACACGCAGAAGAAGACAAUGAAGAAGAUGGCGGACGCCGAUCCCCUUGGUUCUCGCUCUCCUAAACUUCAAGAAGAGAAAGUGCCUGCAGAAAGGCGUUCGAAAGGCAAAAGCUCAUCGCAGAAAGGUGCUUACUCUCCUAAGUCACCAGGCUAUAGAUCGCCGGGUCAGAAAACGCUGCCAACGCCGACAAGAGACUCAGCCGCGAAGUCCCGUGCACCUGUCGACAAAGGUGGCCCUAAGUCCCCUAAACUGACAGGCUCACCAAAAGGGACCCCGAGACUACAAAUAGGUUCACCCCAGGUAUUGGGGCACCAGACACCAGCUGCUGCAGUGUCAGCAAAGCCAGCGAUAUCUGGCCGACCAACGGUGAAACCUGCGGGCCCACUACUGGUCAAGUCUUCGCCGAUUGUUGGGGAUUCGCAGCAGAAUCCGGUUGUGCCCUUGCCGAAGAAAAGUGGGACUCACGGUGCCAAAUCCGACGCGUCUUCACCUACACAGAAAGCUUUUUCCUCAGGAAUUGGGACCUCAGCUGAACCCGGUGGCAAGGUACAAAAUGAAGCUUCACGGAAACGCAGCGUGGUGCCGAAGCCUACUAGUCCGCCGAGUACAGGCGGUUCACCGAUACCAGGCGGCUCUGCGAGAGACCCCGGAUCGCCGAGGCUAGUAGGCUCACCUGCGUCCGAAGGUUCGACGCCACUCGAGCAGCUUGUUAAACUAGGGGGCGACCUCUCUCCGGCAGCUAAGCCCCACUCGCCAAAACUGGAGGCGCCAAAACGCAGGCAAGAUUCACCAAAGUCAACACCCACGUCGCCCAAACCAGAGGCGGGCUCACCAAAAGCCGAGCUCGAUAAGACACCAGAGCCCGGGUCACCUUCACCGAAAUCAGGAACGCACCGUCGACCAACACUCUCGCUAAAGGACCCCCGCCUGCAGCACUUUUGGCGCGCAUUCAGAGGUCAGUUGCAACGAGAAAAACAAUCGGGCAGCCCCGCUGACAAAUCACCCAACAACAUUUCACCCAAGCGCUCGCCAAAACUGUCCAUGGUCGAGGCCGCAGCUGCAGCAGCAGGGUUUCCUACUCGGAGACGACUGCAACCCACCGCUGCUGAAAAGCCCUCCGGCUCUUCAUCGCCAGCGAGUGCUUCACCCAGGCAAGCUAUACCCAAGGUGGUGUCGCCAAGUCAAAGCAAACGAGGAUCGCCGAGCAGAUCCGCGAAAGCCGGACAACGCAGGAGCCGGUCCUUGUCUCGAGUUCGAAAAUGGCAAACUCCGACGAACAGCGAGUUCGCUUCGUCUUUGAUACAUUAUGGCUCCGCUCGAAGCAGAUUGGCGAACAGUCCAUCGAAGAAGUCGCCGCAUUCUGUAUGGACCCUCCUAGGCGUCGCCAUUUUCACCGUUAUAUUCGCUGGCGUCCUUUUAGCUGUCAUGUGGCGCAUCAUUGCCCUUUUCAAAGUGGAGCACCGGCCUGCCUCUGAGGCCAUCCUACACAAAGGCAACGCCAGCUCGAGAAGCCCGCGAUCCAGGGCCGAUGCAGUCACCGCCGUCGCCGAGGCCUACUCCGCCCUCGUUCGAGACGCCGUUGACAGAAGUGGGGACCCGUGCGACAAUUUCUACAGGUUCGCCUGCGGUUCGUGGACACAGAAUCAUCCCGAAACAUCUUCGCGCGUCGAUAACCUUGUUUCCUUCAUCGGUGCAGCUUUGUCGAGGAUGGGCGAAGCCAACGCCAGGAAUAAGGAACGAGAUCCGAUAAGCAAGGCUGUCGGCUACAUGAAGGCAUGUCUCGCUCCUGAAGAAUCCACAGCCGUUGCUGACCUGAGGGCUGUGUUGGCUGAAGCGGGACUGACGUGGCCAGACAAGAGUGAAGGCUCGGACUUUCUGUCUGCCGUGUUUUUCAUGGCGAGACGCCUGGCAUUGCCGGUAUUCUUCGACAUCGACGUGCGGCUGCAGCGUGAGCGAGGUGGACGUCGCGUACUGGCGUUUCCCUUGGAUCUGAUCUUCCAGUCGACCUUGAAAAGACUUUGCAACAUGAUCGCGUCUCUGCACGUGGUGUCCUACCUACGCGUCGCUUACGAAGCACUGGCAGGAAGCAGCGUCAACGAGACUCGCUUCUCAGAGUUCGUGGAGCUUCUUGCCAACGCAACCGACGUCUUCGACGUGUACCUGCGAUCCACCGACAAGGAGGAGGUUAUGCGGAACGUGACGUUAGUUUUCCAGAUCGCAACGCCGUUAAUCACGGAAGGCAAAUGGAACGCGGUCCUUGAGCAGUAUCUGAGGACUUCCACAUCUGACGUGGUCUCGCUUAUCGUCUUUGACUUUAAGUCGUUUGCUGCGGUGUUUAGCCUUCUCAAGAGUCUCGGAGAAGCCGCAGCCACAGACCUAAUGGGCUUUCUAGCUUUCCAGGCGGCCAUCUUUUAUACAAAUACUAGGAUACGAGGCAGCUUUUUCGGGUCGCUGGAGGAAGCCACUAGACAACAGAAACUAAUCUGUUUCAAGGAGACAUAUGGGCUCUUCCAGCACGCCGUCAACAACUUCCUCCUCAACGGCGCCGAAGAGCAGGUGAAAGAGAUCGUCGGCGUCGCACGCAGAGUGAGGAGCACGUUUUUUGAGACUCUUCACCGGAACCGCCCGCUAUACGGUGAUCAUCCUCAGCUGCACUCCGUUGACGGCACCUUUAACGCGACGUUCGCUCUCCUGGACGCGUUCAGUAUUGACACAAACUGGUCAAUGUACGAAUCCUACCCCAGCGUGAGUCUCGGUCGUCCUCUGCUAAAUCACAUCUCCUUCGCAGAGCAUCUGACACAAGUUCAGGCACGCGUAGAGAUGGUUUUGGACUUAGCAGCAUCCAAUGAAGUCCGUCGUCGCCCAUGGCACUUCGACGACGACUUUUCUGUCGCGCGCGGAAGUUUUGUUCUCACCCCGUACCAUCUGCAUUUUCCGUGGUACACCGACAAGGCAUCGCGAUCAGUUUUAUAUGCAGGGAUCGGUUCUCGCUUGGCGGCGACACUGUUCUUUCACUGCCUGCAGAGAAGUUCCACGUGUCGCACCGUCCUAGCCGAUCACCGCAGCUGCCUGGCGACGAAUGGGGCCGGCUACCGGAGAACAUUCGGUGAAGAGCUCCAGGCAGCCUUGGCGGGAAUCACCGUCGCAUGGCGGGCUUUUCAAGACGACGUCAGCAACGCAACUGAGCACGCCGACAAAGCGUCCUCCCCCAUGGAAGCGGACGGCCUGUUCUUCUCUUUCGGCUGCUACUUCUUUUGUGGUGAGGACGGCGGCGAAGAGCUAUGCAAUGCACCGCUGAAGCAUAGCGCCGACUUUGCCCGCGUGUUUGAGUGUGGACGUCACUCUCCAAUGAACCCUGAGCGCAAGUGCGCUAUCUUCGCUUGAAAUAUUUCAGUGACCACCUUGUGUACUUUUUUCAGUUUCCUUGUGGCCGCAUAGUCAAGCAAUGUGUUCGCCGAAUGUACUUUAUGCAUUCUGUGUGUGUCAAAAUAACGCAUUAGACUUCUCUCUUUAUAAAAGAGAGUGAGAUGUAACUUCGACGAAAAGGAUGGCUCAAUGGCCUAAGCAGCGGUGCGAAUCAAUGGUGGGAAUUAUAAAAUAAACACAAUGACGAAAUAAGCAUAAAAUAGAAACACCAUAUUAAGUAUUUGAAAGGAAACCGAGGAGCCCCAGUUCUUAUUAGCCACGGAAACAACGGAAUCUCGCCAACGCGACCGACGGUGCGAUCCACCGACAAGGAGGUGGUCAUUCGAUAUGCGACCUUCUCCUCCUGAAUGGGGCCUUCUGAAUGGGACAUCAUUUAUUGCGUUUACUGAAGUGUAGAAAUGGUAACGUAAAGUGA